CUCCCAUCCACCAAACGUCCGCGAAAGGGUGUGCGUUUUGUGUGCAUAUGUAUGAAGCCACUACAGAGAGGAGCUGUCGCCACUUGUCUUGACAACCCGGGAUAAGCCUCUGAAACCAGUGGUCAGCAAGCCCCAAGUUUUUCACCAUCCUCCCUCUGACCUGAGCGCCAUACCAAGGUCUUGUCCUCCUAGGAUCACGGUGGAGAUGCCGCAUGCGGGGACAUUAAUAUCAAAAAGUUGAAUUACAUUGGGCACACGGCAAAAUGCUAUGUGACAGCUGUGUGGCUUCUCUUCAAGGUCAGUAUCUGGGCAUCUCCGCCUCACGGACGAGUUUCUCGGGCAGUCAGAGGGAAGAAGAAGCGUGUUGGGGAUGCCGCUGUGUCUAGCUUGCCUCCAGCAUCAACAAUGACAUAUUGACCGAAGAGGACAUUGAUAGUCACUGACAUAGAAACCGACAAACUUGUGAAACACCGCUGAAAAAAAAGGGGGGAAAACGAAUAGGAUAGGUUUGCGUUUUACAGUAUGGUCUGUGCUGUUGUAAAAAGAAACUCGUAAGAGCAUCUUGGCAUUUCCUGCUUUCUUCAAACGGCCUGUGUCGGCGCGACUGUCUACCUGGCAGCAAGCAACAACGCAGAAGUCAAGCUAGCCAACGUUACCGGACAGAAUGGGUCUCUGGUUCGGUUUAAGCUAGUCGAACCGACCGUUAAAGUCAGUUUGAAUGUUCGCUGGUUGAAUAGUUUAUUUAAAUUGACUGUCGUAACGUUACGGAGUUGAAACCAACUCAGCUGUAACGUUACCCAACUUCCUUGAACUUGCUUGCUUUUCAGUCGUACUUGCACGAUCGCAUUUCUUUUCAUAUUACAUUACGCCAACAUCAUAUUCAGCAUCAUGCCUUUGGGGGCGGGUUCACACAGCCCGGCUGGUAUCGGUAAGACUUUACAGGAGCGGGGACUGCUCCUGCUGAUGGUUUUGGUGUUUCUGGAGGGCUCCGUUCUUCCUCUCGGAGCUUCCAGCUCUCCGGAUAUCAGCCACCAGGAACAUUUGGACAAACACAAAGUGGCAGACAAAGGGCAUAACUUCACUAAAAAACCUUUCCCUGUGCUCAGCCUCGACUACCCCCACAUACAGGUCCCUUUUGAAAUCUCAUUAUGGGUGCUGCUUGCGUCUUUAAUGAAAUUAGGCUUCCACCUGAUUCCUCGUCUGUCCAGUAUUGUGCCAGAGAGCUGCCUGUUGAUUGUGGUGGGUCUUCUGGUGGGGGGGCUCAUCAAACUAGCCGGAGAAGAUCUCCCCCCAGUGCUGGAUUCCAGAUUGUUCUUCCUCUGCCUGCUGCCGCCCAUCAUCCUAGAUGCUGGCUACUUCCUGCCCAUCCGUCCCUUCAUGGAGAACCUGGGCACCAUCCUGAUGUUUGCUGUUGUGGGGACCUUGUGGAAUGCCUUCUUCAUCGGGGGCCUUCUGUAUGCUGUGUGUCAGAUCCAGCCAAACAAUCCAUCCAGUCUCCAUACGAUAGAGCUCCUGCCUUGCCUGUUGUUUGCCUCCAUCAUCUCAGCUGUGGAUCCCGUUGCUGUGCUAGCGGUGUUUGAGGAGAUCCACAUCAAUGAACUGUUGCACAUCUUGGUGUUUGGCGAAUCUCUGCUCAAUGAUGCUGUCACUGUGGUGUUAUACCACCUGUUUGAGGAGUAUGCAGGUGUUGGCACAGUGACUGUGAUGGAUGCGGUCCUGGGAGUCAUCUCCUUCCUGGUGGUUGCACUGGGUGGCGUUUUAGUAGGAGCUAUCUAUGGGAUCCUGGCCGCCUUCACCUCACGCUUCACAUCCCACACACGUGUCAUCGAGCCACUUUUUGUCUUUGUGUACAGCUACAUGGCCUACCUGUCAGCUGAGAUGUUCCAUCUCUCUGGAAUCAUGGCGUUGAUAGCGUGUGGUGCGGUGAUGCGACCUUAUGUGGAGGCCAACAUAUCCCACAAGUCUCACACCACCAUCAAGUACUUCCUGAAAAUGUGGAGCAGCGUCAGUGAGACACUAAUCUUCAUCUUUCUGGGUGUGGCCACGGUGGAUGGACCUCACUCCUGGAACUGGACCUUCGUCACAGUCACUGUCAUUCUGUGUCUGGUGGCACGAGUCAUAGGUGUGGUUGGUCUGACCUUCGUGAUCAACAAGUUCCGCAUCGUCAAGCUGACCACCAAGGACCAGUUCAUCGUGGCUUACGGUGGCCUGCGAGGUGCCAUCGCCUUCUCCCUUGGCUUCCUGCUGAACAAGGAUCACUUUCCCAUGAGAGAGAUGUUCCUUACUGCCAUCAUCACUGUUAUCUUCUUCACUGUCUUUGUUCAGGGCAUGACCAUCAAACCCCUGGUGGAGCUGCUGGCGGUGAAGAAGAAACAGGAAGCGAAACGCUCGAUUAAUGAGGAAAUCCACACCCAGUUCCUCGACCACCUGCUGACUGGAAUUGAGGACAUUUGUGGACAUUAUGGACACCACCACUGGAAGGACAAACUGAACCGCUUCAACAAGAAGUAUGUGAAGAAGUGCUUGAUUGCAGGCGAACGCUCCAAGGAGCCGCAGCUCAUUGCCUUCUACCACAAGAUGGAGAUGAAACAGGCCAUUGAGCUGGUGGAAAGUGGAGGGGGAGUCAAGCUGCCUUCUGCUGUGCCUUCCACCGUUUCCAUGCAGAACAUUCAACCCAAGAAGCUUCUUAUUGACAAGCCUGCAGAGAGAUCUCUGUCCCAGCUGCCUAAAGGCCGAGAGGAGGAGAUCAGGAAGAUCCUCAGGAGCAACCUACAGAAGACACGAAUGAGGCUGCGCUCCUACAACAGACACACUCUGGUGGCUGAUCCAUAUGAGGAUGGAUUCGGUGACUUCCUUAUCAAGAAGCAAAAGAUGAUUGAGCUAGAGCGGAAGAUAAAAAACAUGAAUAACUAUCUGACAGUUCCUGCUGCUCCUCCUGACUCCCCUACCAUGUGUAGAGCCAGACUGGCCUCAGGCACAGGUACUGAUUUCAAACCUGCACAGCAGCAGAAAUGCAACAAAAUCUGCCCAGACCCCCAAGCUUACAGCACGAAGGCAGCAUCAGAUAGAGUGCCGACCAUCAAGGUAGACCUGGCUUCUCCUCAGUCGCCAGACUCAGUCAACCUGAUGGAUGAAUUCAGACGGGGCGGCCAGCAGCAGCAGGAGGAAGACCAGGGCCUGACGAUGAAGCCUCCCUCGGGGCCAAGUGGACCUAACAAGCCAGGCGAGGCGGACGAACCCAGAGAACAGCAGAAGCUUAUGAGGUGCCUGAGUGACCCCGGUCCUAGCGCAGAAGAGGAGGAGGAUGAACCCUUCCUGCCUUGAUGUGGCAGACUGGCUGCGGAGGGGUCAGAUUGCAUGUCCACCAUCACUGGUUAGAUGGGAGAGGGCUGUUUCACUGCUCUGCCCUAAAUAAUCUCUUUGGUUCAGAAAUCAAAAAAGCCAAAACUGCUAUUGCUGUACAAAUGAGAAAGAGAAAGCAAAAGUAGUUUGAGAAGCGGGGAAAAGAGCCAUUUAUUUGUUAUUGUCAUUGCUCUUUGUUUUUUGUAGACAGUAAUGAAACAGCAGUCACUGGUGGGGUUUGUGGUUGAUAGUCUGAGACAUUCAGGAAAGAACUAUGCAUUACCAAAGGUUUGGACUGUUGUAGUGUCCGACAAUGUAAUUUUUACAUUAGUGUCAGACUUUUUGUCUCAUUUCCUUUUUCUUGUUCGUCUUGUGUUUGUUCAUGGUUUAACAAAAUGUUCUUUCUUUCAAGUUACAUUCUUUGAGACAUGCUGGGCCUCAAGAACCUAAAUCUAAUCAACAAAGCAAACUACUUUAAUCCAGUUUGCAGCACUUGAGUGUAAGUGCUUGUUUUAUUCAAAUAUCUCACUGAAACUGUUCUUUCAUUGUGCUACUUGAAAUUGCUGGACAUUAAAACAUUUGGAGUGUAGCUAGUUUAAAAACAUUUGGCCUUAUUUUAUGUCAAACCUUUUCACAUGGUGCAUUUUUAUUUUUGUCUCUUAAAAACAUAAUCUGAUUUCAGGGGUACUAACAUUUGUUUGCAAUCAGUUUGUUCCAGUGUUUGUGGGAUGUAAGUUAAAAGCUGGAUGUAUUUCGUCACUGUGUAAAUGAGCAUACACAGUUCUUUGUAGUAGUGCUUACAGACCUGUGGCCUUGUCUGUUGGCUGUAGAGGGAGCUGCGUGGACUUGAAAAAUUCCUCAUUGUUGCAUAAAGAAGUUUUGACGUAUA